GGCAAAUGGGUGUUUCCUGCCACGCUAACCUGUAUGUAUAUAUACCGACGACAUAAUGUCAUUUAAGGCAACGACUCCUGACUGCAGCUGGAGGAUCAGAGUGGGACUUCCAAAACAUCCCAGAGAUGAAGAGCUUUUUGUGCCUGAUAGCAGCGGGUCUUUACCUGUGUUUACAAAACCACGUGAAUGCUGAACCAAGAUUGAGCAGAAGUAUCAUCGAAAGAGCCGUGAUUGAAGCCAAGGCCACAGUGGACUCAGCUUAUGAGUACUCCAGAAGAGAGAGCGUUGAUCGUGUGAGGAGGAAUGCAGUGAGUCCUUCAGACAUCCUGCGGUUGUUGAAGCAGCCUGUUGGGCUAACCCGUACUGCCGUGCGUGCUGCUGACUAUAUGGAUAAUGCCAUUAAACUAAUCAAGAGGUCUUCACAUGGACGUCAAAAACGCUCCAUCAAUGCCACAGAUCUGAUCUCUGAGGAGGAUCUGCAGGUCAUUGCUAAUCUGACAGGCUGCUCUCCCCGACAUCGUCUCCCUUCCUGCAAGACCACUCCUAACUUAAACAAGUUUCGCACUGCAAGCAGCGUCUGCAACAACAGAAACAACAAUCUCUGGGGAUCCUCCAACACACCUUUCACCCGCUGGCUCCCUGCUGAGUACCAGGAUAGAAUCUCUCUGCCCAAAGGCUGGGACCCUAAGCGAAGAGUCAACAGACGUCUUCUUCCUUUGGUACGGGAAGUGUCCAACAGAAUUAUGCGAACAGAAAACUCUGAUGUGGAGAGCGACCCACUCUACACUCACAUGGUGACAAUAUUCGGCCAGUGGACUGACCAUGACAUGACUUUCACUCCUCACUCUCCUGUCAUCCGUUCAUUCAAUACGGGUAUUGACUGUGAGAAGAGCUGUGAACGUACAGAGCCCUGCUUCCCCAUUCAGAUUCCCAGGAACGACCCCCGCUUUGGCAAGAACUCAGAAAAGUGCAUGCCCUUCUUCCGCUCAUCAGCAGCUUGUGGUUCCGGCAACACAGGCCACGUCUUUGGUGCAAGCACGGUCCGUCAGCAGAUGAACUCUCUCACAGCUUUCAUCGACGCAGGUCAGGUGUACGGUGCAGACGAUGUCAAAGCUCGUUUCCUACGCGACCUCACCUCAGAUAAGGGCCUUCUGAGGGUCAACACGCAGUACAAAGACAACGGCCGCGAGCUCCUGCCCUUCGCCCCCAUGGCUUCCAGCAUAUGUGCCAACCGAGCCCGCAUUACUAAAGACGUUAAUGCAGCGGAGGUGCCCUGCUUUGUAGCUGGUGACGAGCGCAGCAACGAGCACAUUGGUCUGACCGCUGUUCACACACUGUUCAUGCGUGAGCACAACCGUCUGGCACGUGCUCUGGCCAAACUCAACCCUCACUGGGACGGAGAGACACUCUACCAGGAAUCGCGCAAGAUCAUGGGAGGAUAUGCACAGGUUAUUACUAUGAGAGACUACUUACGUCACAUUGUUGGUCUGGACUUCAUUACCAGUCAUCUGUCCACCUACCCUGGCUAUGAUGAAAACGUGGACCCCAGGAUCGCCAAUGUGUUCGCCACGGCUGCCUACAGAUUCGCCCACCUGAUGGUUCAGCCUUUCAUGUUUCGUCUCAAUGAGCAGUACCAGGAGCACCGGGAUUACCCCAGCCCACUGCUGCACAAAGCUUUCUUCACACCGUGGAGGAUCACCUUUGAAGGUGGUGUGGACCCAAUCAUCAGGGGCCUGGUGGGUAGUAAGGCCAAGCUGAACACGCAGGAUAAAAUGUUGUCUGAUGAGCUGAGGGAGAGACUGUUUCAAUUCUCCAGCCAGUUGGCACUGGACCUGGCCUCCCUCAACCUGCAGAGAGGCAGAGACCAUGGACUCCCUGGCUACAACGAAUGGCGGAAGUUCUGUGGGCUGUCACAGCCACGAAAUCGUAAAGAGUUGUCAAAAGUGCUGAAGAACAGAAAGCUGGCCAGGGAACUGAUUUCGCUCUACCGCAAACCUGACAACAUCGAUGUGUGGCUGGGAGGAGUGGCUGAGCCGUUUGUCCCUGGAGGAAGAGUGGGACCCCUGUUUGCCUGCUUGAUCGCCACCCAGUUCCAGAAGGUCCGCCAAGGAGACCGAUUUUGGUGGGAGAACAAGGGAGUCUUCACAAAGGCCCAGAGGUACUCCCUGAAACAGACCUCACUCGCCCGCAUCAUCUGUGACAACACCGGUAUCACUGAGGUACCAGCCCAGCCCUUCCAGUACCGGCCCAGACGGUCCGGUUACACUAAAUGUAGCAAAAUCCCGGCCUUUGACCUCAGUCCCUGGAGGGAGAUUGUUCAUUAGAAAUCCUCACUACAGCGGUCUGACAAAAGACAGCUACAUCUCAGGGCGUCUGAUUUUACUGUGUAAGAUGAGACUUUUGUAUAUAGUAUGUACAUGAUAAUCAUAAUGUACUUGAUUUCGGACCCCAGGAAGGCUAACUGGUGCCAUUGGUAUCAGCUAACGGGGAUCCUUUUUAAAUAAAUAAAUAAAUCAUACGAAAUAGAUCAACUGCUGGAAAUGAACGUGAUUGAUAUGAGUGCUAGCUAUCAGUUGAAAUGUGAUAUUUUCUUAUUUUCUUAUUUUCGUUGUAAAUGACUGUGACAUAUUUGAUUAAUUGUAAAUACAGUAAUGUACAUUACAUGGUGUGUAUUUUUCAAAAACAAAUAUGUGGAAUAUGGUUUUGUUUGUCUUAAGAGUUUAAGAUUUACAUCACCUUACAGAAAGUGUAAUAAAUAAGUGUUAUUCGAAUAA